AUGAAAAGACUCCCCAUAAGGAGCCUCCGGGCGAGGCUCGUUCAGUACCCUGCCAGCAGGGUCCAUUUGACCAAGUGUAGUUUCUCCAGCAGUAAUAAUUACGAGCCGUUCGCGAAGUGGAAAGAUAAAGGGGAUGUGUUCGGUACUCAACACGCCAACGCCGCGGGUGAAAACGCCCCAUUUAGCAACGCCCCUUUUGACAGCGUCGAGUUUGACGACAACGUGGCCACGAGCCUCACCUUCGACAUCAGCGUAGACGAGGAGAAGUGGAAGGACCAGGAGGAAAUGGAGUACCAAAGGUUUAUGAGCAGUGUGGGGACAGAACCUGCACACUCCCUUGGGAGUGCAACAGUGGGGAAUACCGAUGUGGAGCUCCUAAAAGGGCUGCUCAACAAUGUGGAAAAAGGCGCCAAGUCCGUAGCGGACGCGGUGACCCUGGUGAAUAAUAAAAGAAACAUCCUUCUCAACUUGGAAGAGAGACACGCAAACAGCUUCUUCAACCAAGUGGGUGAGCACGUCCAGCAGAUAGACAGAGACAGUCUGAUCGAUCUGAUAACGGGACUGAGCCAACUAAACAUGAAAAACAGGAUCCGUGAUUUGUGUUACGAGAUUGGUAAGAUGCUCAAGGGGGGAGAGAUAUCCACAGAUCAACAGGAGAACCUACUCGAAACCAAACUUUGUCUGCACUGUGUAACCGUGUUGAAUAAGCACUCUCUUUAUUUCUCCGAGUUCUACGAUUAUAUGGCUUCCAAAGUGGGGCACCUCGACACAGAUGCACUGGUGUCAUUUGCAGAGGAGUGUUACAAGCACAGCUUGAGGACGAAGCAUUAUCUGGACAAACUAGUUCCCGUGUGUGUAGCAAAGGUGGGAGAGUUCAACAUGGACCAGCUAAAGAGUCUGUUCCACUCCUUCCAUCGGUUCUGCAAGGAAUACUCCACUUUCUACGAUAGCACUUUAGAUGCAGUGGUGAACGAUGUCCCCCACUUCGACUUGCCCUUUUGCCAACUCGUACUGAAGGUCGCCACGAAUUUUAAACACUCCGAAAGGUACGUCAGUUUGAUUAACUUAGUAAGUUCCCAUUUAAGUUUGCAGGUGAAGCGACUGGACUGUGAGCAGGUGGGUUUGGAGAGCAAUCAGGGGGGGGAAUCUUUACUGCUUAACCAGACAGUCCCAUCAACGCAGCAACAUAGUGGUUUUUCCAACGUGGAUGUUGGUGUGAUGCCAACGGGGGACAGAUCAGAGACACCACUUCAUCACCACGUGUGCAAAAAAACCAAAGCGGUCAGCCAAAUAGCGAAAUGCUUGAAGUACAUGGAAUACAACAAAAAAAACGGAGGGCAGGUAAAAGAAGCAGUGAACGACAUCUGUGAGUUACUACAGAGGAGCAGUCAACUGAUUGGCCUCCUAGACGUAGAAGAUGUGGUGCACGCAAUAAACUGCUUCUCCUCGUAUAACAAACGAAUCGUCCUGUAUAACAACUUCCUAGAUGUGCUAUGCGAACGGUCGAACGAUCUCCUUCAUGCGAAAAACAUUUCCCUAUGGAUACACCCCAUCAUAAGUUUGGCCAAAAUUUCUUGGUUCCACAAAAACUACAUACAAAAUGUCUUCGACUAUGUGAAGGACACCUACGUCCUCAGUCGAUUGAGUGUCUUCCAAAUUUUGAAGGUCCUAUCCUCCAUCGUGAAAAUGAAUGUGUACGAUGAGCACGUAUACAAAGUACUCAUCGAACAGGUUUACAAAGAGUGGGAUAUAAUAAAAGGAAAAAUGGUCGACGUGGCCACCUUUCUGUGGUCCUGUGCUUAUGUGAACAUCAUUUUUAAGCCCCUCUUUGAUAGCUCCUACAAGUUACUUCUAGGCUCCUUAGAAAAAGAAUCUCUCAGUGCAGACAAUCAUAUGAUGAGUAGGAAUUGCCUCGUUAACAUCACCUGGUCGUACAUUGUAGCGAACUAUCAUAAAACCAAUGAGAAUUUUCACCACAUUUUAAAUGCCACCUUUGUGGGAAGAGACCCAGAUGAUUCGCAAGCUUUUAAGAGACUCCACCAAAUUGCCGAUGCAUGUUUUACAGAGAUACCCCACUGUUUAGUCAACGUAGAUGCAGUGGAUUGUAUGUACAAAUACUGCAUGCAUGACAAGUGCAAAACACUGAGGAACGAUUUUAGCAUUUACAAGAAGGAAAAGGACGCCUUGAAGAUGAGGAACAGAAUAUUAAAUGAACUAACACACAUGCUAAAAUCUUUUGAAGUUUCCUAUGAACUCUACUUUGAACCUUAUGACAACUCUCCCUACAUGAUUGAUAUUCUUCUGAAUGAGGAGAUGAAGAUAGGCAUUUGUGUCUUUGGGAAGGAACAUCUGAUGCGCACUUUAGAAACAGCUAGCUGGGAUCACAUGAACAGUGGCUUCGUCUCCCUACAGAUGCGCGUCCUCCACGCGCACGGCUGGAAGAUCAUCCCCAUCAACGGCGGCCAGUGGCUUCAGAUGAACUCCGAGCAGAAGAAGACCCUCCUGCGCGAAAACUUCCAGCGUUAUUCGAUACUCAUAUGA